AUGGCCACUGUGAACAUGAACGCACCUUUGUGUGAGGGAGGAGAACCAGUGAGAGUGGGAGUAGUUCUGACUGCACUCACAGACUAUGUAUCUAUUGGUGAGGAAGGACGUGGUUUGGACUACAAGUCGGGAAAUAAUGAGGAAGCAAAAUCCUUCUCCUUUGACCAAGUUGUGACUGUUGACAACAUACAGAUUUUCCAACCGGAGUUCCUGCAGCCUCUCGCUGAGUCAAUAUCCAGUGGUUACAAUGGAGCGCUGCUGAUAUGUGGAGCCUUCACAGAGAAGAUUAGCACUCUGAUUGACCAAACUAUCACCAAACAGGUCUUGGCAGAUCUGUUUAGUAGUGUGUUGCCACAAGGGGAGGAGGAGUUGUUCAUCUCCGUGUCGUUCGUUCAGUUUUACCCAGAUGACAAUGCUGUGGAUCUCCUGAGCCCCAGGAGACAGAGUCUAAAACUUGUGGCUCACCCCGUCCUCGGGAACCUUGUAGGAGGUGUAUGUGAGGUGUGUGUGUACUCAGCGGAAGAAGCCUAUUCUCUGUAUGAAACGUGCAGGGAGAGCCUGAAGGCCGAUGGAGGAUCCAUCUCAAGCAGAUGUAGUUCCCUGUUCUCAGUGGCUGUUGAGUGGAAACUUCACCCAGAGGAGGUGGAGCCGGAGGUCUGUCGCAGCAGACUGCAGCUGUUCAGACUGGCAGGAGGAGCCAGCAGGACCGACCUCAGGGGAGUCAGCCCACUGGUGAAGGUUGUGGACCAAACUCAACGGGAAGCCACAUCAAAUGACAAGAUCCUCCCUUUCCUCCUAAAUGAUGCCUUAACAGGAAACAGCAGGACGGCCCUCAUUUACUGUAUUAACCCUCAGGGUCUUCUAGAUGACGAGACCCCCUGCGCUUUAGCUUUGGCCCAGAAGGCGAGCGGUUUGGUCACCAGGGCCACUGUUUAUCGCUGGUUUCCAAGAGCAAACGAGCAAAAGAUCAGAGAUAGCAUUGUGGACCAAAGAAACACGAUGAUGUCGCAGGGCGGGAGCGAAGUUCACAACACCUUCAGGCUAGCAGAGCUGACCCAAAACCUGCAGAUUGUGAAAAAUCAGUCUUGGGAGAAGAGGAGGGAAGAGUCAAAGAAGAUAAAAGGCAAAACACAGAGUGGUCGGCCUCCAAAAAGCAAUGUGCACAGCAGUGACCACAGAGAGGCUUCAGACCCAAUGAAACACUUACAAGCUCAACUGAAACAAGAAAUGGAAGAACAUAUCAGAGAGGGUAAAGGGGAUGUAGAGAAAGUGCAGGAGAGGGCAGGAAGAAUCCAGCAAUUGAUGGAUGCUCUCAGAGAGGAGACACUCAAUCCAGCUGCUACAGAGCAAUCUGACCUCCGCCAACAAACAGAAGGCCCCCAGAGAGAGCUGCUGGUGCUGACCAGAGAGAGGCGGGUCCUGGUGCUGCAGAUAGAGGCCCUGCGUGCUGAGGCCCAGCAGGCUGAGCAAGACCUGCAGAAUCAAUAUCAACACCAACAAACAGAGCUGCAUUGUCUGAGAGAGGAGAGCCUGCAGGUGUUCAGAGUGUUUCGGCAGGUAAGUGAGGAGCAGAGGAGGAUGUCAGAGAGCAGAUACAGAAGUGUGUUGCUGGAAGCUGUGCAGGAUGCAGUCUACCUCUCAGCCCAGAACCAGGAGCUGCAGGCCGACAACAAACAACUCCGUAAAGCAUUGGGCGAGCUAAAGGAUACUCUAGCUGUGCGGAGUGGUCCUAUGGCUGAAGGGUUAUCCCAACAACACUGAAUGCAUCACCGGAAUAUGUUUCUGAAACAUGUAAUGCAAAUCAUGAGAAAUAAAACUAGUUUUGACAGUU